GACGAUAAAAAAAAAAAAAAAAAGAAGUAAAAAUAACAUUUUAAACAGUAAACAUUGCUUAAUACGAAUUAUUAUACAUUUAAUUAAUAGGCGUUGUCGUCUGUCAUUUAAACUGUUCAACAAGUCACAAGAAUCGCGUCGCUGUGACGACCGACGUUUAUCGUUUUGAGCGGAUACUCGUAGUUUCUUUGGAAUCAUGGCCGCAGUGAUGAACAGACCGAAGGCGGAAGAGACCAGCAAGUCGACAAUGCGCACCCUCAACCUAAAUGGACAUGUAGGCUUUGACAGUAUGCCCGAUCAACUAACUCACAAGUCUGCACAAAAUGGCUUCGUGUUUAACAUAUUGUGCAUUGGUGAAACUGGUCUGGGAAAAUCGACACUUAUGGAUUCUCUAUUUAAUACCAAUUUCGAAUCCACACCGUCCACACACAAUUUGCCAAAUGUGAAACUUAAGGCUCACACUUAUGAAUUGCAAGAGAGUAAUGUUCAACUUAAGUUAACGCUUGUCGAGACAGUUGGUUAUGGUGAUCAAAUAAACAAAGAAGACAGUUUCAAAUCUAUUGUAGACUAUAUUGAUACCCAAUUUGAAUAUUAUUUACAAGAGGAACUGAAAGUAAAGCGUUUGUUGUCGACAUAUCAUGACACUAGAGUUCAUACUUGUUUGUAUUUCAUCUGUCCUACUGGGCAUGGAUUAAAAUCGAUUGAUUUAGUAUGUAUGAAAAAACUUGAUACUAAGGUAAAUGUGAUUCCAAUAAUUGCCAAAGCAGAUACUAUUUCUAAGUCUGAACUACAAAAGUUUAAGACCAAAAUAAUCACCGAAUUGCGAUCAAAUGGGGUAGAAAUCUAUGAAUGUCCAACUGAAGAUGAGACUAUAGCUGAUGUUAACUCUAAUAUGAAUUCUCAUGUGCCAUUUGCAGUUGUUGGAAGCACAGAUUUUGCCAAGGUUGCAAAUAAAAUGGUGCGCGCUCGUCAGUAUCCAUGGGGAACAGUUCAAGUUGAAAAUGAAUCACAUUGUGAUUUUGUUAAGUUAAGAGAGAUGUUAAUUAGAACUAACAUGGAAGAUUUGCGAGAAAAAACUCACGAUAAACACUACGAGUUGUACCGAAAAAUGCGCUUAGAACAAAUGGGCUUUAGUGAUGUGGAUAAUGAAAAUAAACCACUAAGCUUCCAGGAAUCUUUUGAAGCAAAACGUAGUCAUCAUUUACAAGAAUUACAGAACCGUGAAGAUGAAAUGAGACAAAUGUUUGUUGUUAGAGUAAAAGAAAAAGAAGCAGAAUUAAAAGAAGCUGAGAAAGAAUUACAUGCCAAAUUUGAUAAACUUAAACGUGACCAAGAUGAACAAAAGAAAAGAUUGGAAGAACAAAGAAGAAAAUAUGAAGAAGAUCUUAUGGAGUUCAGCAAAAGAAAGCAGCAGUACUCUAGCAUGGGACAUCAUACUCUCACUUUAGGCAAGAGUAAAAAGAAAUAA